AAAUUAAAUUAACAAAAGUUAUAAUACUAUAUAAAUUUCAUUAUACAAUCAAUUGAUAUUUCAUUUAUGAUUUAUUGAAUGAUCACAACUGAUCCAAACAAUGCCACCAAAGGGUAGAAAGAAAGGUUCAAAGGACACAAAGGACACAAAGUCUACGGAUCAAUCAAGUGAUAGUCGACCACAACAACAGCCAAUACAGGGAUCAGAUUUUCCCACUUUAGGACAGACAUCACAAUCAGGACAAGUUGUUGCCAAUAAUGAACAGACAGUGAGAGCAACGGUACGGCAAUUACAAGUCAGUCAAACGAUACCAACGAUGACGAGUCAGCUAAUGGACAGUUCGGGUUCCCGUCAAAGCAGUACAACCAGUGAUAAAUCAAAACAAACUAAAGACACAAAAAAGACUAAAGACGAAGAUUUGGCUAAAGAAAUAAAAGAAAAGAUGACUUUAUCGCUACCAAAGCGAGAACACCAACCGUUUUCUAAGAGACCGGGAAAGCCAUUGCCUAACAAUUGGAAAUCAGUUGCUUUGUUGGCCAACCAUUUUGUCAUAAGAGUGGGCAAUAAAACUGCUUAUCAUUACGAUAUCAGUAUAGAAAAAGAGCAAAAAGUUAAUGAAAAAGACAAGAAUUUGGUCGACAAGAAUGUAGACGAGGCGGCGGCCGAACCUCUGAAGCAAAACAGAUUCUCACGGAAACUAAGUACUGCUCUAAAUAGACGUAUAUUUGAACGUAUGAUUGAAUUGUAUUCUCAAACCGCUGGACAACACUUUUAUGGUAUGCGUUGCGUAUACGACGGCCAGAAAAAUAUGUUUACUUCACGUGAGAUCAUCGCUGCGGGAGAUCCAGAACAUCCACUUCUAUUGAUUGUUAAUCUUAUAGAAGGCAACAGAGAGACUAUAUUUAAAGUGUCGAUUAAGAAAACUGAACCAAACUUUAAGAUUAAUACGAAUAUUCUUAAUGAGUAUAACAGCGGACGUCAUAGGGAUGAUGAGGCCGUCAAACGCGCCAUUUUGUUCAUUGAUAUACUUAUUAGACAUAACUCUACCAAUGAUAUGGUGCCUAUCGGUCAAUCAAUUUUUGAUCCCAAAAAUCCCGGACAAGAAUUGAGCAGACUUUUGAAUUUGAAAUAUGGUUUUUAUACUACUGUUCGUAAUCUUAUGGCUGGUCCGACCUUAAACAUUGACCGCUCAGCCGCCGCUUUCUUGAAACCAGAUAUUAAAUUGAUAAUUGAAUCAAUAGUGAAGAAACCGCUGAAUCAAAUUCCUGGCCGAUCUAUAACUAAUGCUCAAAGGAUACAAAUCAAGAAAGAGUUGAGUGGUCUUCAAGUAGAGUCCACUCAUAUAAAUUAUGGGACUCCAGAUUCUCCACAUUAUCGCAAGUUUCGUAUUAUUGGUAUUUCUAGAUUGUCGGCAGCGGAACAAACUUUUGAGUUUGAAAGAGACAAAAAUCAACCAAAAGUUAGAAUUACAAUUCAACAGUACUUUAAAGAGAAAUAUCGGAUAAAUUUGCAAUACCCUCACCUCCCGUGUCUUGAAGUGGGAAAUCCAAGAGAUCCAAACAGAUUGCCAAUUGAAGUCUGUCGUCUAUUACCUGACCAACGGGUUCGCCGAUCACUGACUAAUGAAGAGCGAUCCAAAAUGACUAUGAUUUCCGGCCAAAUGAAUCCAUCGCAAAGAUUUGACUUUAUUAUGGAUUGUGUUAAACAACAGUUCCAUUCAAAUGAUGAAAUUGCACGAAAAAAUCGUAACUAUUUAUCAGACUUUUCAAUCAAUAUCGACAAAGAACUUCUUAAAGUUAACUCCAAAGUAAUACCGGCGCCGACACUCAAAUACAAAGAUAACAACUCUGUGAGACCACGUUUUGGUGAAUGGGAAAUGUUUAGAGAAAAAGCACAGUUCUAUAAAGCCAUUAAUCUCACAAAAUGGAUUAUAAUAAACAUAUCAAUGUCUCAAAUGGAUGAUCAAAACAUAAAGGAAUUCAGUAUUGAUUUGUGUUCUCAGGGAAGGGAAAUGGGAAUGAAUGUCAAUAAUCAUGGAUUGAUUGCCACAAUCAGAGUUUAUGAUCCGAUGAAAACAUUUGCCGGAAUUAAGAAUAAAAUUUCAACAAUGACUGGACUUCAGAUGAUUUUGUUUAUGACACCACUUAAGACUAACCAAUACAGCGAUGAUAUCUAUAGUCAAAUCAAAUUGUUAGGCGAUGUCACUCAUGGAUUGACGACACAGUGUGUUAAUAUCGCCAAUAUUUGGGACUCAAGAUCUAGAAGAAGAAAAUGGAAUCGAAGUUAUUUAAGGCAAUUGAUGCUUAAGAUUAACCCAAAGUUAGGUGGGAUUAAUGUAGCGCUUUUGGAUACCAAUCAAAUGUCAUCAUUGUUUAAAAAGCAGUCCGUAAUGAUUGUGGGCGCAGAUGUCAACCAUCCGGCGCCGGCAGAUAAAGUCUCGCCUUCAAUAGCCGCAGUUGUGGGCAGUUUUGACAUUGAAUUUAGUAAAUUUUGUACAACUAUAUCAAUGCAACCGAAAUCAAGAGAAGAAAUGAUUAGAAAUUUAGAUAAAAUGGUUGUGGAAUUGUUAAACAACUAUAAAGUACACAAUAAUUGUCGUUUACCCGAAUCAAUAGUCUUCUACAGAGAUGGUGUCAGUGAAGGACAGUUCCAACAUGUGAUUGAUAACGAAUACCCUCUAAUUACAAAAGCAUUUGAUGAAAUAGGUUUGGCUUAUAAACCAAAAUUGACAUUUAUUGUGGUACAGAAACGACAUCACACUCGCUUCGUAGUCAUUGAUGAACCUAAUUAUGGUCGCAAUGUUGAAGCGGGAACUGUAGUGGAAAGUGGUGUCACUCAUAAGUAUGAUUAUGAUUUCUAUCUGUGCAGUCAUAAUGGACGUAUUGGAACCAGUCGUGCGGCUCAUUACUAUGUGUUGGCCGAUGAAAAUGGUUUCUCAACUGAAGACAUGUGUAAAAUGACUUAUUACUUGUGCCACACAUACCAGCGCUGUACGAAAUCUGUGUCUAUACCGGCACCCGUCUAUUACGCUGAUUUGGCCGCAUAUCGGGCUAAAGUACAUGCUAUGGGACGACCUGAUCAAAGUGAUACAGUUAGUGAACAGGGAGGAGGAGAUGAUGAAAGAAGUGACGACAUGAUCAAUACUUAUCGUAAUUUUAUUAAUGUUAAUCCCACACAAAAACUAAAAUUAUAUUAUAUGUGAAUUAAAUGAACUAAUGGUCCUUUUU